AAGAAAACUGAAUGUUUAAAAAACAAAAUCGCAAUCAAAAUAUUGGAACGGAAUAUUCGCCAAAGGAAAAAAAUUAACAGCGAGAAAAUCGAUAUGCAGAAGAAAUUGUUUUAUGCAGAUUGUGUUAAAUUGGCAGAAAGUUAUUUUAUUGCUCAAGCAGAGAUUAAGUUGGAUGUACUGAAACACGACAAAACCAAAGAGAUUAUGAAGUUGCACGAGUUGCAGGAGCAAUUGAAGAUGAAAAAGAAAAUAGGCAUAUCUUACCAUAGCAUACAAAAGAUUGCGGAUGGGAAGACUCCUACACCACAGCCUUUAAAAAUUGGAAGUGAAUCCAAAGUUUCGAGUGAAGCAUCGAAAAAGAUUGAUUCCCAUUUCGACGAAUUGGAUAAACUUUUUGCUACAUCCCAAAACGUUACUCAUAGUUUACCGGUACCGUCGGACGUACAUAUAAAUCCCAAAAUUGUUAUAACGGACGAGCAAAUAUUGCCUCCUUUGCCAGUAACACCUUCAUUUGCUCCCGUGAAGAGGAAGAGGCCUGUAGUGGAUGUCUAUGCCACAUGGAAAAAAAUGAAUAGCAGUUUUUCGUCUCAACAGUCCGAUAGACGCAGUCAACCAUCCCAACAGAGCCAGAAAUCGGAAAGUAGUCAAAAGUCGUUAUCUCAGGUAUCUCAGCUAAGUCCGAGAUCGCAAGAGAAACUGGACGAUUGCCAUUCUCGCAAAGAUGAACAAGCUGAGGCAUCAAGCAAAUUUAGAGAGGUCUCCGCGGACGAUCACCCUCUGCUUUUGAAUGAAAGCGGAGUUGAGAACUCCAGCAAGGAUGCUUAUCAACGUAGAGAUAUCGUCCAAGUUGAAGAAGUGGGGACCAAUUCUGAGAACGUCACAUUUGAUGUGCCAAAUGGACAUGUUGAACCAGUCACUGAGGACGCGCAAGUUCUGGCAAGUUCUAAAAAUACCGCAAACACACCCGCAAACGAGCCGCAAAAAUCAGUUAGAUUUAAUUUGGAUAAACCAUUAAACUCGACGAAAGAAACCAAAAGGAGGCCUUUCUUUGUUUGA